UCCAAAAGAAAGCCUAUAUAUCCGUUCUUUUGUCAGGACCCCAACUGGCAAAUUUCCGUUGUUGCUAUUUGCACCUACUACUACCACCACCACCACCACCAUUACCAACACACCCUCCUAUACUCCAAAAAAGAAAAACUGUGUUUUCAGCAAAAGUUUUUCAUUUUACAAAACCCCUUUUGAUUUUUUUAUUUUUUUUCCUCAUCUCGAAGAGGUUCUUUGUAAUCAUCAUUGGAAUUUCUAGAUUACUCCUAGUUGUGUUUUUUCUUUGAGGUACUGUGAGUCUGUGGGCUAAAAUUGUUUAGUUUUUCUUUGUUGGGUGUUGUUUAUUAACUGUGGCUAAGCUCAAAGAAUACGUUAUGGGUGUGGAGGAACCAAGGAAAGCCGAAGCUGAAGCUGAAGCACCUUCUCCUUCAGAACCCACACCAACACCAGCACCAACAUCAACACCAAAACCAACACCACCAUCACCACCACCACCACCAACACCACCUCCACCACAAACACAAGAGGACCAUGUGGUUGCGAAGAAGAAAGAGGAAGAAACUGAAGAAGGAGAAAAAGGGGUUCAUCAGAAAGAUGUUGCUGAAGAAAAGAGUGUGAUUCCACCUCUUGUUCAUGAGAAACCUGCUCCUGCAAUUGUUCAAAAAAUUGCUGAUCCUGCUAGUGCGAAAUGUGCAGAGGGUCCAAUUGAUAGAGAUACUGUGCUUGCUAGAGUUGAAGCUGAGAAAAGGUUGGCAUUAAUUAAAGCAUGGGAAGAAAGUGAAAAGACCAAAGCAGAGAACAAGGCAUAUAAAAAGAUGUCUGCUGUUGGAUCAUGGGAGAACACCAAGAGGGCUGCAGUGGAGGCACAAUUGAGAAAAAUUGAGGAGAAGCUGGAAAAAAAGAAAGCUGAAUAUGCAGAGAAAAUGAAGAACAAAAUGGCUGAAGUCCACAAGGCGGCAGAAGAAAAGAGGGCAAUGGUUGAAGCAAACCGACUAGAACAACACCUCAAAGUGGAAGAGACAGCUGCCAAGUACCGUGCUGCUGGGUAUACACCAAAGAAAUUGCUAGGAUGCUUCAGCAGCUAACUUUCCUUUUAAAAAAUGGAACAGGAAAAAGAAGCAAAAAAAGUACUUCUAAGUUUAGUGUGUCUAGUAAGCCCCAAAAAAAAAAGUUUAGUUUUAUGUUGUCUAUCUUGUUUUGUUUAGUUUUCGUUCUUUUUAAUUUGUUUUCAUGGUGUGAAGUUAAAGUCGGAUUGUUUCAAUGUUAAAUUUUUUGUUAUAUGUAAAUUGUGCUGCAUUUGUGUAUAUAUAAAUGUGUGAAGACACAGGAUGGAAACGGUGAAAACCAAGUUGAAACUAAGACUUCUGAACUUAAAUACCAGGAUAAUUUGGUUCA